AAUUACUUAGGUUAAAACAGAUGGAUAUCUGCAUAUAUGAUUGCAAUUGCUGAGAUCAGUUAAUUUUGCGCAUUCUUCACGAUGACUUCGCCAGUUGGGAUUUUAAGCAUAUUAAGUCUUUGUUUUAGUCUUGGCCAAGCUGUUCUCUUUUUUCCACGCGGCGGUUCAAUUGGUCUAUUGACUGCUGUGGCCAUUCCUUUGGAUAUACCACCAAAAAAUUGUUAUAUGGCUUUUAAUUUCGAAAACAAUUAUGGUUUGCCUUCAAAUAAUUCAUACAACGAGUGGAUUGAUAGGUGGGAUCUUGACACCCAUUUUUUGGGUGUGGGCAGCGGUGUGACUCCCAUCGAUGGACGAAACAAUGGCGAUCAAAGCCAAGGGAUGUCUAGGCGUUCUGUUGGCUCCUCUGAUGGUCCUCCAACAAUUCGACGUUAUGAUUUCUACCGCAGUAUUAUCAACUAUAUGGUUCACUAUGGCUUUAAUGGUUCUGCAUGCCUAUUGCGUACCAUUUGUGAGGUCAGCGAAAAGCCUUUAGAUGCUCACAAUGGCGUAUUGGGCAGCAUAAUUCAAAUUCUAUUCAUGCCAACAACGAGUGCCCCAGAGUUGCAUUUACAGCACGUUGAUAGCCUUUAUGAGGCCACGGACAGGGGCACGCGCGGUUUAGGCUGCUCUGAUUACGUGGCUAACUGUGAGCAUAGCAUGUUGGAUAUGAUAAGCAUAAUGCUCUAAAAAGAGAAAACAACCGACCCAAAAGGAUAAAAACACUGAAAAAACUCUCACACAUACACUGGAAAA